GAUGGUGAAUCUGGAACCCAUGCACCCAGCUGAGAAAACUGAGGUUCAAAUGUGUGGCCGGGGUCCCCCUGUGCUAGUUAGGAUGGCACUGGGAUUAAAUCCAGGUCUGUCUGCUGUCAAAACCCAUGCUCUGAAUCCUCGGCGCUACUGAAGCAGGUUUAAAAGCCCACUGAGGAUAUCAAGAUGAGUGGAGAUGUAGCAGAUUCCACAGUUGCUCGAAGUGCUCUCGGCCAGGUGGAGACAGAAUCCUGUAGCCCUCAACCUCUGCUGUCAUCUUGCUGGCCCAGCUGCUCUCGGAGAUGCUUCACAACCAAUCAUACAGGAAAUGAUCGAAACGGCUUAGAUUUCAACAGGCAGAUUAAAACCGAGGACCUCAGUGACUCUCUGCAGCAGACCCUCUCUCAUCGGCCAUGCCACCUGAGUCAAGGACCUGCCAUGAUGCCUGGAAACCAAAUGUCUGGGGAUGUGGCUUCCCUCCACCCGCUCCAGCAGCUUGUGCUGGUUCCCGGACACCUACAGUCUGUCUCCCAGUUCCUGCUAUCUCAGACCCAGCCUGGGCAGCAAGGUCUGCAGUCAAAUCUUCUCCACUUUCCACAGCAGCAAAGCUCUCUCCUCCUCCCGCAGACGGGGCCUGGCCUGGCGUCCCAGGCAGUUGGGCGCCCUGGGGUGCCAGGAUCCUCUUUAGAACCGCAUCUGGAAGCAUCCCAGCAUCUCCCAGUCCCCAAGCAUCUCCCCAGCUCCGGAGGAGCUGAUGAGCCCAGUGACCUGGAGGAGCUGGAAAAGUUUGCCAAGACCUUCAAGCAGAGGCGCAUUAAGCUGGGCUUCACACAGGGAGACGUGGGUCUGGCGAUGGGAAAGCUGUAUGGCAACGACUUCAGCCAGACUACCAUCUCCAGAUUUGAGGCUCUAAAUCUGAGCUUCAAGAACAUGUGCAAGCUCAAGCCGCUGCUGGAGAAGUGGCUGAAUGAUGCAGAAUCCUCUCCAUCAGACCCCUCCGUGAGCACCCCCAGCUCUUACCCCACCCUCAGUGAAGUGUUCGGGAGGAAGAGGAAGAAGCGGACCAGCAUCGAGACCAGCAUCCGCCUGACUCUGGAGAAGAGAUUUCAAGAUAACCCCAAACCCAGCUCAGAGGAGAUCUCCAUGAUUGCAGAGCAGUUAUCCAUGGAGAAGGAGGUGGUGAGGGUCUGGUUCUGCAACCGACGCCAAAAGGAGAAGCGAAUCAACUGCCCCGUGGCCACACCCAUCAAAUCACCCAUGUACAGUUCCCGGCUGGUGUCUCCCUCUGGGUCUCUGGGGCCCCUCUCUGUCCCUCCUGUACACAGCACCAUGCCUGGAACAGUAACGUCAUCCUGCUCCUCCGGGAACAACAGCAGGCCUUCGUCUCCUGGCCCAGGACUCCACGCCAGCAGCCCUACUGCAUCUCAGAAUAACUCCAAAGCGGCUGUGAACUCCUCCACCAGUUUUAACUCUUCAGGAUCUUGGUACCGAUGGAAUCAUCCCACCUACCUCCACUGAGACCAAAAAGUUUCUCCUAUGCCACCUGGCCCUGUAUUCCCCACUGGAAGGAAGGGAGUCACGCCUUCUCUGUAUGGACAGAUUACUUUCAGGAGAGUAGAAGAGAAUCUCCACUAUCAAUGAACCCAAACUCUUGCCUUCUUCAGGAGCAAGGGCCUCUGGAGAUCCAAACUGUGACCGAACCCUGUGCUGCCUCCUAGUGCUCUUGAAACGCACAGCCCUCCUAGGAGGUGACCAUUUUUACCUUCCUUGCCUGUGCCCUUCUCCUCUCGUUCCAAAUAUGUCAGAUGGCUUCACUGCGACCGUGGUCUUUCAAAAAGGACCUCUUGCCAUUAUUCUCCAGCUCAUCUCCAGCUCAUUCUGGGCACAGCCAUUUGCCUGGUGCCAAACCACCAGAGGGGAGAGAAGGUUUUGACUCUGAACUUAGCCACAAUCUCCAAACUGAUUCUAGAAUGUAUGAAAAGAUUUGAAUCUGAUGUCUCCACCAAAGCUCUGAUGUCUUCUCUGUUCAGCAAAGCUUUCUGACUGAGUCUUCAUGUCACCCUAUUUUCUCUUUAGCCCCGCCCCUUUUCCAGAACCACAUCCAUUCAUGAUUGUGUUCUCCGAAUUCCCUCCUCUUUACAGAACACUGAGCCACGCUCAGCCCCCUGGGCACAUUGCUCUGCCCACAGGUGUUCUUCUGUCUGCUCCGUCUGCCCCAGAGUUCAGGAACGCUUGUUCUUUCUAUCCUUUCCUGUAUUUCUCCUUAUCUUGUCCUCUCUCCCUUCUCCUGGUGCAGAAGGAAGAACACAAACGCACACACGCAACAAUUAUGCUGGCAAAAUACCUGUAUAUAGCCCUUUCCUUUUUUUGCAUUAUGUUCUUCUCUCCUUAAUGUGGAAUUUUCCAGCAAAAUGUUUAACUCAGGUGUGAAUUUUGAAGAUCUCUGUAAUAUUUUAUCUUCUUUAACAAAAAAGAAAGAAAAGGAAAGGAAAAAAAAUACCAAAGUGUGAAAUACCGUGCUAGCUUCCACAAGAGUUCCCACGUGGGCUGGGAAUCCUUGUUGAUUUCUGCAGGAACAUUCUUUCUCGAGUCUCCUUCUUUGUGGGCCAGUGUGUAAACAUGUAACAUGAAGCCAUUCCAGAAAUGGUAACUUUUUUUUUUAGAGACUGCAUAUCCAAGAAAAUGAUGAGAUUCAAAGGAAUCUCUCUGUUCCUAAAUAAAUUUGUAUGGUGAUGAUAUACAAUAUUCCACUAUUGGCAAGAAGAGGUUUAGAUUAUUCUGAGUCUUUUGUUGUGGGGGACAUGUGAGUGCAUGUAAUGAAACGGGAUGGAGAAAGGGUUUCAAAUUGGUGGAUUAAGUCUGUGACUCCCCGAACUGAUGCUAAAGAUGAUAUACAUUAAUACAGGACUCCAAAGAGUUCAGAGUUUCUACUCUUUUUGACAGAACAGCCUUGAGGACAGAGUAGGUAAGAGAUUGGCUUCCUCAUUUUUUAAGUGGGAGAAUGGAAAAUGUUUAAGGUCAAGUCAUUUGGAGACUUUAAGAGGUGAAGGCUGAGGCUAAUAGUUCAUAUCUCAGAUGUCCUGAAGGUCAAUUAUUCAUUGUUCGCAAUGGAAAGUGAUAGACAUUUGAGACAAGGGAUAAUUCAAAAGUCAAAUCUAUUUGGCUUUGGAAUGCACUGUGACUUUUGAUGAGAGGGUUGAGGGGCAAGGAAGCUAUCCCUGUGGUUUUUCUUGGGUUAAUAAAAAUUUAAAGAGUUACCAUUUUUGAGGCAAACAUUGACCUGUGGUGGGAAAGGGAGGCCCUUCAAAAAUGUAAUGACUGAAGGGAAGAAACUUAAAUUGGCAUUAAACAUUUUUGCAAAUAAUAAUAUCCAAGGGAGAAACCCUUACUUAAAUAACCAUAAGUUAAGUGUUUUUCAUGUUUGGAUGGGGCUUAGACUAAUAUUUCAUGUCAUGAAGUGGAAGAAAGCCUGUUGGUAGUGGUUACUUUGUCAAGAAAAGAUCUAGUUGAAAGGGGCUCGGUAUGUAUCAAAGAGACAAGAGGAGCCUGCAGCAAUAAUUUAAGUAUGUAAAGAAAUUACUCUGCCACCCAUGAGCCCAUCUGUGCAUAUCUGUGCAUACACACGCACACGUAUGUAUGCACUGUUCCUUGCAUACACAUGGGUGCCAGAGCUGAUGCUUUCCUGCAGCAGUCUUGGCCACCUUGACAUCUUGCUCAGGUGAGUGCUGAAAGCUGAUGUCCUGCACUGUCCAUGAUGCUGGUUUUCACUCAUUUGACCCUUUAAAAAAUACUUUAUUUUUUAAGAGCAGUUUUUGGUUUACAACAAAAUUAAGAGGAAGCUUUGGAGAUUUCCCAUAGAGCUCCUGCCCAAACACAUUCGUAGCCUUCCCCAUUAUCAACAUCACUCACGAAAAAGUAAAAUGUUUUUACCAAUAAUGAACCUACACUGACACAUCACAAUCACCCGAAGUCCAUAGUUUACCUUAGAGUUCACUCUUGGUGUUGUACAUUCUACAGCUUUGGACAAUAGUAUAAUGAUGUGUAUCUAUCAUUAUAAUAUCAUAGAGUAUUUUCACUGCCCUAACAAUCCUCUGUGCUCUACCUAUUCACCUCUCUCCCUGCUAUGACCUUACAACCACUGAUCUUUUUUACUGUCUCCAUAGUUUUGCCUUUUCCAGAAUGUCACAUGGUUGGAAUCAUAGUAUAAAGGCUUUCCAGG